AUGGCAGACAACCACAGCGGCACCGAGUCUCAUGUGACGAUCCAGCGGCGGACUCACUACUCACCACCGUGGGCAGAUGUCAGCAUCAUUGGUAUUGCUGGCAGUUCCGGCUCUGGAAAGUCGACUCUGUCGCACGCCAUUGUGAGGAAGCUGAAUCUGCCCUGGGUGGUGAUUUUGUCCAUGGACUCUUUCUACAACCCCCUGAGUCCUGAGGAGUCAAAAAGGGCUUUUGACAACGACUUUGACUUUGACGCGCCGGAUGCAAUUGACUUUAACGUACUUGUACAAUGUUUGCGCGAUCUGAAGGCUGGAAAACGGGCUGAAAUUCCCAUUUACUCCUUCUCUAAGCAUCAAAGGUUGGACAAUACCACAACCAUCUACUCACCUCACGUCAUCAUCCUGGAAGGAAUCUUUGCCCUCCAUGACCCCCGUAUUAUUGAUCUUCUGGAUAUGAGGAUAUUCUGCGAGGCGGAUGCCGAUACGUGUUUGUCACGGAGAGUGUUGAGAGACGUCAAGGAGCGUGGCCGUGACGUAGAUGGUAUCAUGAAGCAGUGGUUCAAGUUUGUGAAACCAAACUUUGAAAAAUUCGUCGAGCCGCAGCGCAAAGUCGCAGACAUCAUCGUGCCGAGAGGUAUCGAGAACCGCGUAGCUAUGGCCAUGGUUGUUCAGUACAUUGAGCGCAAGUUGAUCGAAAAGUCAACCCACCACCGGGCAGCACUCACGCAGUUGGAGUUGGCUGCUGCCAGUGACCCUCUGUCUGACAGAGUCGUGAUUCUCGACCAGUCACCGCAACUGAGAGGCAUGAGCACCAUCAUCCAGGAUAUCGACACCUCCGCGGAAGACUUUAUCUUCUACUUUGACCGCCUCGCGUGUCUUCUGAUCGAGCAGGCACUCAACAAUGUCCAGUUCAGAGAAAAGACUAUUGCCACGCCGCAAGGAUACAAGUACAACGGACUCCAAGCUACGGGCGAUGUAAGUGCGGUGCUGGUCCUUCGUGGCGGUGCCGCCUUUGAGACGGCCUUGAAGAGGGUCGUCCCCGACAUGCGGACAGGCAGAAUCCUGAUCCAGUCCAACGUCCGGACGGGAGAGCCCGAGCUGCAUUAUCUCAAGCUCCCGGAUAACAUUGACUCUCACGAGUCGGUGUUGUUGAUUGACACGCAGAUGGCCAGCGGAGGCGCCGCACUCAUGGCUGUGCAAGUGCUCGUCGAUCACGGCGUUGCCCAGGACAAGAUUGUGCUGGCGUGCUAUGCUGCCGGAAGACUGGGUGUACACCGUCUUGCAAAGGUGUUUCCUGGUAUCACUAUUGUUCUGUGCAACAUGCUCGCAGAUAUUGAGGAUCGCUGGGUUGAGAAGAAGUACUUCCGAUGCUAG